UUUGGGAAGAGCGCUGCGCACCUUCUGUAUAAGUGCCUUUGGAGCUGCCAUUCAAAAUGACAGACGUCGUCUCGGCAAUGGAUACAGAGCCAAACAGCCUGGCAAGCGUCCUCGAACUGGAGUCAGAUCAGAGCCUUGGUUCUCCUAAGAGUCCGCCCCUGGACCUGAUUGACACAGGAAAAGGACUGAAAGUACAAACCGCGACCCCUCACCUAGUCAGCCUGGGCAGCGGAAGGCUCAGUGUAGCCAUUACUCUACUACCUCUAAAGGAGGGAGUGACACACAUUGGCCGUGAUGAUGCCCCUGUACCUCAGGACAUCACUAUUGAGGGUCCCGGCAUUGAAGCUGAACACUGCAGGAUUGAGAACAGAGGAGGGGUCGUCACUCUUGACCCAUGUGGACACCUGUGUUCACUCGAUGGAGUUCCUGUUACCAGACCCACACAACUUACGCAAGGUUACACGCUCUGUUUGGGUAAAUCUUAUAUCUUUCGCUUUAACCAUCCUGAGGAGGCCAACCGUAUGAAAAGCAUGCUGCCUCAGAAGAGCCCCGUCUCUCCACUGGUGUACAGCACAGAUUAUCUGAAGUUCAGCAGUGACUUCAGUCAUUGGCUGGGUCUCUCUGGCUCUAGAGGGAUGCGCUCCGUCUCCGAACUGCGGGAUUUGAUGGACACUUUACAAAAAAAGAAGCAGGCAUUGGAGAACAGCUUGCGAGCCAAUGGGGAAUCAACCCCCUCCUACUUCAGCAUGGCACAGUCUCCGCCCACCACACCCAAUUUGAUGUCUCCCACCACCACGUCCUCCCCAAUAUCCUAUCAAGAACAAACCCGCCGAUUGUACAGCUCCGAAAGGCCACCACUUGUGGCCAAAGUGCCAGGACAUUCAUCCAGUGGCAUGCCUCCAUCUCCUCGCCGUUCUGAACCUCGAGAGCGCGACACAUCACUUCCUUAUUCUCGAACCAUGACCCAGAACCAAUCUCAGGACAGUCUGCUCCUCAAUACGACGGGCAGUCGUCGUGCCUGGACCUCAGGCUCAUCGCUCUCGAUGUGGAAUGGCUCAUCCACUGUUGCGACUGAUUCCCUCCCUUCAACACCAGUGGGCGGUAGUGGUGCAGCCAGCAUGCCAUCUAGUCCCCGUCUGUCUCGUAGAUUCAACACCCCAGAUGCAAGCCAUAAUGGAGGACUCGAACCUGCUCCACGGCAAAGAAAGUACUCCGCUGGGUCACUUACAAGUAUGAGCUCACACAGUCACUCACUACCACGACUCUGUCGACCUGCUGACACUCAGCUUACCCUCCUGCCAAGUUAUCAGUCUCCUGAAAGGCAGCUUUCUCGUCCAACUGGUGCCAGCCACCAGAAUGGUCAUUCUGAGGUAAUCUCUAUCUCGCUGUCUAACAGACCAGUUACCAAACACACCGUAGCACCUCCGGAUGUCACUAUGACAUCAGGAGAAGCCACCAGUCCCCGCCAAGCCAAGAAGGUGAGUUUGACAUCCACCAACAGCUACUCAGAACUGGACAGGCAAGCCAUGCGUGGUCCCUCGCCAACUCUGGAGAUUGGUCUCGGGGAGAGGAGGCAAUCAUUCGGAAAUGCAGGGCUGGGUCCGCCGAGUGGCUUCAGGGAGAGAAAGGGCAGCAUCAGCUCUCUCAGCGGAAAGGAAGAGCUUCAAGACUACCAUCAGAGACAGAGGGACGAAAGAUUGCGGGAACAGGAAGUGGAGAGACUGGAACGUCAGCGUCUGGAGACUAUCCUAAAUCUGUGCUCUGGGCUGGGACGUGCAGAGCAGGACAAAACUGGCUUGGCCGUUGCAGACUUGCAGAAGAUCAACAAGGAGUUGGAGAAAUUACAGGUGUCAGAUGAUGAGUCUACGUUCUCAGACUCUGCAAGUCUGUCAGCCAGCAUUCCUGCUGAAAAUGACUAUGGGCUUAAAGCCCGGGAGACCCAGUCCAGCGAGGAGAGACAGGUACGGCAGCGCAAGAACAGUGGACACAUAGAAGUCAGGGUGGAGACAACAGCUGCCCUUGGCUCUGCUCCCACCCCUUCUCCUUGGCCGACACGGAUAAACAAGACGCCUGAGGACGACACACAGCUGAAGCUGGAUGUGAGACAUAUAGAGGAGGAGAGGAUCCAGGUCCUGAAUAAUAUGGAAGAGUUAGAGCUGAAGAUCAAAGACCUGGACAACCAGAUGGAGGAGUCCAUCAGAGAGUUGGAAGUGGAGCGUGCUCUGUUGGAAGGCGAGCAGGAUUCAGAGAUGGCUCAGCUACAGCAGGAGAAAGAUGCUUUGGAGCAACUUAAAGAGAAGAUGGCUGACAUUGAGAACAAAGCACAGAUGGAAAAAUCUCAGGACAAAGCCAAGCUAGAUGCGGAGCGUGUAACGUUAGAGCGACUGGUGCAUCUGCUUGCAGAGCAGAAGACUCAGUUGGACACCUGCCCCGAAGCCUUGAAAGAGCAACUUCAGCUGCAGUUCUGCGGGGAUGCAGAGACACUAGAGGUGGAGACCAAGCGGUUUGAAGACCUAGAGUUUCAACAGCUGGAACGAGAGAGUCGUCAGGAUGAGGAGAAAGAGACUCAGACACAACAUAUUCUCAGGGAGAUCGCAGAAUACCAGAGGAGCACCGUCACACGGAAGGAGAGGCUCCUGGCCCUGAAGAAACAGCAUACCCAGAUUUCCCAGCAGGCUCAGAGGGACAAGAACAACUUUGUGAAGGAAAAGAAUAAUCUUCAGAUGAUGCUACAGCAGGAAAAAGAGAAUCUCGUCAACUUGGAGAAGAAAUAUUCUGAGCUCACUGGGGAAUUGGGUUUCCCUGUUAGUCCCAUCAGUAUGAAAGAGGAAUGCUUCCAGUUGGCCGAUGUGUGUCCACCUCAUAGUGAAUUUUGCCAUGCCCACAAAACCCUGUCUCCACUUCCUGCUGACCUACUGAUGUUUUCUUCUCUUCUUUCCUCUCUGACUAUCAAAAAUGCUGAGGGCUAUGUUACAGUCAAUGAGAUCAAUGAACUGUAUUGCCAGCUGGGGGUAGAUCCCACCCCAGAACCCCUCCCCACCCAAGCUCAGUCCUCUCCUGACGCCCCUGCCACAGGGACUGACCCCAGUCCUACGGAGAGCACUGCCCCGACGGGAGAGGGUGAGCAUUUCCGCAUACUAGAAGAAAGAAAGCGGUACGGUAAGGAAGGCGGAACUCAUUUGAGUGACACUCUUCCUCGGAAGAAGACCCAGCCCACCAUAGCCCCACAGUUCACCUGUGCCACUCUGGGUCGUAACAUACCUUCUAAAUCUCAUCCACCUUUAGCUCAAAGCUCCAGCUGUGGGAGUGUGUUGAACCGAGCCCUUGCCAUCUCCGCUAAAGAGACACACGUGGAUACACAUCGUCUGCUCAAGGGGCACAGUCAGCAGCAAAUUGGCGAGGAGCAGCGAAUGAGGAUGAGUGAGCUUGCUGGCCGUGCAUCCUCACAGACUAACGUCUACCUAGAUUCCUUUGGAUACCAAGACAAUGGCCGUGCCUUUGACACGCUGAGUGUGGACAGCUCAGACAGCAUGGAAACCAGCAUUUCUGCCUGCUCGCCCGACAACUUCUCCAGUGCCAGCACCUCCAAUGUUUCCAAGAUCGAGGAGAUGGAACGUCUUCUCCAGGAGGCUCAGGCCGAGAAGCACCGGCUCCUGGAACACAGGGAGAGAGAGACGGAGAGCAAGAGCAUGGCUCUUGAAGAGGAGAGGAGACGGCGAGAAGAACUAGAAAAACGGCUGCGAGAAGAAACCUGCAGGAGGCAGAAACUCAUCGAGAGAGAGGUGAAACUUCGUGAGAAACAGAGAGCACAGUCUCGUCCUCUCACACGCUACCUACCUGUAAGAAAGGAUGACUUCGACCUUCGUAGCCACAUCGACUCAGCCGGCCACAACACAGAGACUUGUUACCAUGUCUCCAUCACAGAGAAAACCUGCAGGGGCUUCCUCAUUAAGAUGGGUGGCAAAAUCAAAACCUGGAAGAAGCGCUGGUUUGUCUUCGACCGUAACCGCAGGACCCUGAGUUACUAUGCAGAUAAACAUGAGGCCAAACUGAAAGGAGUGAUUUAUUUCCAGGCCAUAGAGGAAGUGUAUUAUGACCACUUAAAGAGCGCCCACAAGAGUCCAAACCCUUCACUCACGUUCAGUGUGAAGACUCAUGACCGUGUCUACUACUUGGUGGCACCCUCUCCAGAAGCUAUGAGAAUAUGGAUGGACGUUAUCGUAACAGGAGCGGAGGGAUACACUCAGUUCAUGAUUUAGAUGUUGUCUGUUGGCAGAGAAGGAAUAACAUGUGCAUUGUGUGGACUUACUGUAAAAAUCUUGAUCUGCCCUAUUUCAUAUGCUGGUUUUAGUAUUGAUUCCCCCAAACGCAGGACUGAUCUUAUUAUUUUUGCAUUUGUAUCAGUUUUUCGAUCUCAGUCCACAGUAUUGAAGCUUUUCUCUUUGACUGCCUUUUAUUAUUUUAUGCAAUAUGACUUAUUGGCCCAGAUGAUGGAAUGGAGCACAUAUCCUAUAAUUCUAUGUGAAUGUUUGUGUAUAUGUCUUUUGGUAUUUCGUCUGUCUGGUUGUGUGAAGAGAGAAAGACUUGUUAAAUGAUAUUCAGUACCAGUGGUGCCACUUUGUGUGUGGUCUGUUUGCUACCUUGUGUACAGGACCUCAGGGACACACACAUUAUGAUAUAAACAGCUGUCAGCUGUUCUGCCAAAGAUGAAAUGCACACUGUCCACACCCUAUCAAGUUUAUGUGUGUGGGUGUUUGCCAGUGCCUUCAGUUCUAUAUUAUACUGAUGCCUUUAUACUGAACAUUCAGAUUAAUCAAUGGUGCCAUAAGACACGCAUUUGUGGCUAUUUUAACACUACAGUUAUUUCGAAACACUUCCAAAACACUAAAGCUGCUUGCCGUUCAGGUAUUACACAGAUUCUAAAGGAUUGAACAUCCUGUUUUGAAUUAUACUUCGCAAAGACAAAGUUUUUAGUAUUUUAUAAUACUUGAUCAUUUUAUCAUAAUGCAUAUGUAGCAUUUGAAUUUUUAUGAACCGUGUUAACUGCUUUUGGCCCUUUUUAGGUUAUCAUUAUGUCAUCAGACUUUGAUGUCAUCAGAAAAACAAGGUGAUCCUUAUAAUUAACCUUCAGGUUAAGCCAGUACUACAAAAAAUAAAAUAAAAUAAAAUAAACACCUUUCCUUGAUUUUCUAUGGUUUAUGUUUAUACAAUUUUGUGUUAGUAAGAUUUUAUUAGUACAAGUCAAAUCAGACUGAAUUUAAAGUGUAAUUUAAUUAUCACCAGCAGGGGGCGACAGCCAUCUGAGACGUUAACACGUGCUGAACAAGUUAGCCAUGUAAGCUUUCUUCUGUGAAUUAGCCAAUAGUCUGUUUUGAAUAUUGUUAAUAGUCAUAAAGAUGUAUAUUUAUAAUUUUGUUUACCAUGCAUUGACCUUCAUUUUUGCAUACCGCAAAAUAAAACAGAUGCAUUAUAUUGUCUGGGA